CGGAUGGACUUGAAACCAGUUGUUGUUAUGGCAAUAAAAAAGAACAAGAACAAAAGAAAAACAACAACAAAAAAAAGACAUUGAUUGAUACUGUUUCCGUCGGCUGAUGACACAAAAAUAAUUAAAAAAAAGCUUAACGUAUAAUAAAAAAAAAAAGAAAAAACAAAUAUGUAGGUUGCAGGUAAACUUUAUUAUAUUGUCAAUUGUCUCUUGGUGUUCACAACUAUCUGCAUAGCUCUGGUAUAUACACACACUGGAGGUAUUGUUAUAUAUACAACCUGAUUUUAAGUACAUGGAUGAUUUUCAGAGGCGAUAGACUAAACCACGCAGAAUGGUUAGUUUACAGCUUCAGAUAUAUCUUUGUGUUUUACUCUCUAUAAACUUUGCCAUUGGAGCCGAAGUUUCGGACAAAGGGGUGAAAUGUCAGAAGGUCAAGGAACUGGGCGACCGCCCUCCUAAUGUUUACUAUUGUCCUGAGCCAGAAAAACCACGUUGCUGCCAACCUGAAGGAGGUGUAGAAUAUACUUGUUGUGAAGAAAAGACUACCGAAGACCUCAAAAACCAGUUUGAACUCUGGGUUUAUAUUUUCAUUGUCGUUGGUGUUGUAGUUAUACUUUGUUUCUACUUUUUCAAAGAUGUCAACUAUUGCAGUCUAAAGCAACCAUUGAAGAACUAUUUAUGCAAAAAAUCAAAUCCAUCUGCAGAAAGGCAACUUUAUUUUAACAAUCCAAUGUUUGAAGAGGGAACAAAAGGCACCCAAAAGAAUAACCAGUACUGAUUGGCAUUAUAAAAAAAUAUAUAUAUUUUCUUAAAUUCACCAAAUAUAUUUCAGUACAAUUAAUAUUAUAGUCGUGUACUAAUAAAGAUAACUAUAUUUGCAUGUAUUUUUCUUUUGAUGUUUUUACCUUGUAACACGUACACACUCUCACACACACACAGUACCUGCAGGCUUGGGACCGGAAGAAGCCUGGAUUUGUGGAUUUUCCAGCUUUCUGCAAACCGCCUAAAUGUGUACUUGAAACAUUAACUAUGAAAUAAACCAUAAGUAAAGAACUAGUUAAUAAAAUGAAUACAUUUUUAAA